AUGUCUGUGCAUGGGCUGUGUAAGGAGGAGAAUAUUCAGUUGAAUUGUAAAUGGUUGCCUAGAACUGCUAAUAAGACAGCAGAUACACUAAGCAGGAUGAGUGAUUGUGAUGACUGGGCUAUCAAACAGGGAGUGUUUGAGUAUUUUGAUGAAGCAUGGGAAUUGAAUUUUGAUAUUGCAGGAAUAGGAUUGCAGGAUAGAGUUCGAAAGAUAGCGCUGGACAGUGGAGUGAAACCUGGCAGUUAUUUGGACGACCUUUGCCCCCACAUGAGUGUUUUGAUAUUAUCAAGUAAAAGUGACAACACGAACAAAAACUAUUUUAACGCUUUCAAAAGAUGGGAGACCUUCAUCAAAUCAUAUGGACAUAGUGCACUUCCGGCAAACCCCAUUUAUGUUGCAUUGUAUUUGACACACCUUUUAGAUAAUGGCGCAACACAACAUCCAAUUAAUUCGGCAGUGUACGGGAUCAAGUGGGCGCAUGACUGUUUGGGUUUUACAGAUCCUACUAAAAAUUCAGUUGUUCUAUCUAUACAGGAAGCAGCAAGGAGAAAAGUUUCUAAAACUGUGAACAAAAAGGAACCGAUUACCGAAGAAGUGCUAAUAGAAUUAUGUAGUAAGUUCCAGGAAUCAACAGAUUUGUUAAUUGUUCGAAAUCUCACAAUGAUUUUGUUUAGUUUCGCUUGUUUCUUGCGAUUUGAUGAGUUAAGCUCUCUCUGUUUCAACGAUGUACUAAUUCGUGACGAUUAUUUAGUGAUAUGCAUCAGAAAAAGUAAGACAGAUCAAUAUCGGCAAGGGAAUGAAGUACUUAUAUCAAAAGGGGAUACGCCUGCUUGUCCGUUGAGCAUGUACCAGCGCUAUUUGGGGCUUAUUGGUGAUGUGGAUGAUAAACAUUUUUUUGUAUUCAGACCUAUUUUUAGGUCAAAAGACAAUUGUAAACUGAUUUAUAAAAAUAAAAAGAUAAGUUAUUCUGCUGCAAGAAAUAACAUAAUACCACUUAUUAAAUCUGUUGUUGGGGAGGUUGAUAUAGGGCUUCAUUCUUUCAGGUCGGGGGGGGGGGGGGGGGCGACUGUGGCUGCAAACGCUAGUGUUGAUGAUAGAUGUCUCAAAAGACAUGGCAGGUGGAAAACUGAUAGUUUAAAAGACGGAUAUAUUGUUGAUUCAGUUGAAAAGCGUUUGCUAGUCUCUAAAUCUCUUGGUUUGUAA